AUGUUUGAUUCUUCCACAAUUUCCUACCUACGCUCCGUACAUCACUCCGGCCUCAUCCAGCUAGUCCACGACUUUGACCCCCAUGAAUUCCACACAAAUAUCCUAGCUCUAGCAAGAGUUGUUAGCUACUUUCAAGUACCCUCCGUCCUGGCCACAUCGCUCGAAACCGGCCCAAACGGCCCCAUUGCCAAGGAGAUUCUAGAAACGCGCCCCCCCCCCCUCCCCCCCCCCGGGGGGCCCCUGAUCCGACGCCCCGGCCAGAUCAAUGCGAUGGAUAAUGAGGAUUUCGUCAAGGCUAUCAAGGACACCGGGAGGAAGCAGGUUGUUAUAAAGUACCAGUCAGUACCUGAACACCCGUUGAAAGAGUGCUCAUUAAAAAAAGACGCGCUCUGA